AUGCCUCGCAAAGGCAAACGCAAGGCCGACACGCCCACCACUCCAGUCGGACUCCCCGUCAGCCUGACGUACACAACCUCGACAGGUCCAUUCCUCAACUCGCUCUCGGCUGAGAUAAGGAACACCAUCAUGGCCCUUGUGUGCGAUGAGACCGUCACGCAGUACCGUCGACGCCGGAAUUUCAGGCGCAAGAAGAAAGGAGGUGAUCCGCCUCGUGAUGACGGUCUGCCGAAACCUCCACCAUUCUUGCUCGUUUGCAAGCAAAUGUACUGCGAGGCCAUCCAGGUCUUCUAUGCGAGGUCAAUCUUUUACUUCCAGACUCAACGUAGUCUGAACCGCUGGAUCGCCACCGUCAACAUCGAGAAGUUGAAAUUGGCGCAGAACGUCUUCGUGUACAGCCAAGGUGCGGACAGCCACGUCCUACUGGAGGCACUCUUGAAGGUGAAGAACGAGGAGAAGGCCAGGAAUAUUUUCAAUACAAGUUGGAUGAAGUGGAUCAAGUGGCGCUGGUGGAGUUCCCGGCAAUUACCAGAUAUCCCGGCCUCAUAA